AGUAAAUAUUGUAAAAAAUGUAUAAAGAAGACUCCUCAAGAAUGGUUAUAUCAAUCCGAACUGCUUAAAAAUUAUGGGGAAAAAGAAGAGUUCAGUGGCUCAUAAAGAGACCUAUCAAAGAAUCAACUAUCUGUACCAGGCUGCUUAUUUAGUAUUAACUACAGAUUCUUCCAACCACAGUCUUUGUAGAUUUUAUACGAAGACACUGAAGGCCAUUGCAAGACGUCUAGUUCUAAGAUUACAUCCGAAUAUAAAGAGAACUAUUUGUAAGAACUGUUUUUUGUUAUUGAUACCUGGUGUAACAACUAUCACCAGAAUUAAGGGGAAGAAAGAUAAAUACAGUGAAACUAAGUGUUUAGGAUGUGGUUUUAAAAUUCAUUAUAUGGCAAACCCUAAUUAUAAACCCUGGUUUGAAAAUCCUGAGGCAUGGAUACCAACUGGAUCAUAGAACAAUGCAGACAUAUGGUGGAAUUGAGACAGUGGAAAGAAAACAUCAGAGGACAACAGACACAUACAUCAGAAGACAAUGGAAACAAAAAUCAGAGUACCACGGAGAUAUAAAUCAGAGGACAAAUCAAGAUCUAAGCAAUUUAGGCAUUAGUGUAGAUGUAAUCCCAGGAUAGCUUGGAUUUCUAUGCUGCAUCAUAGAUCAAUGGAUGAAACAAAUUUGUUGCGUCAAAUUGCAGGAUUACUAGAGCAUAUUUCAAUAAUAUAUAAGACAGACCAUUGUUUAACAGAUGUAACUGAAUCAUAUCUCAGUCAUGUUAGUUAAAAUCGGUUUUAUGGUAACAUUUUUAGGUUCAUUGACUAAGACUUAGAAAAUGAAAUGAAUGAAGUUUUACAUCCUACUUUUCUGCACCAUGUGGGUUGUUGCAACGCCAUGCAGAGUGCAAUGAGGGAAAUAUUGCCAGGACAGCGGCAUCAGCAUAAUUCGAUUUCUAACCAUCAAAGUAUCUUUAAUGUGCACAGCCUGUAGCACACGGGGCUUCAGGGCCAAACGAUAAGACGCUUUUUUAAGUCAGCCCCUCUUACCUACAUCACAGACAAGGGGAAACAGGGUUGAAAAAUCCUAAGGUAUUAUCUUGGCCUAUGCCAGGAUUUAACUCUGGACCUUCAGGUUAGCAAGCAAUCAUCUAACUCACUGAGCCCCCCCACUAAAAGUUAGAUUAAAUGUAAACAUAUUACUCUUUAAUGUUUUUAAUGUUGUCAAUAACAAUGAUAACAAUGUUGAUAGAAAUAAACUAGUGUUAUAUACCUGUAAUGUUUAUAUCAAGAACUCCCUGAAUGCAAUAAACUGAGAUUCGUAAUUCUCAAAAAUUAUUUGCCUGUUAUUGAAAUACAAACAUUUUUUUACAAAUUGCAUAGCAUUAAAAUCAUAUCACAUACUUAAGUUCAUUGAAGACAUAGGCCAAAAUACACCAAAUGUUACAGAAUUAUGUUAAAUCUAAAUUAAAUUCAGACUGUGAUAUGUUUGUGUUUGGUGAUUUUGGCUAUUAUUUACAAAUUAAACAAAUGUAACUGGAGCAAAAAACUACAUAAAGUAUAUGUAAACCAGAAAAGUGCCAAGAUUCUGUGAUUUUAUACCAGAAGGUACACAGAAAUUACCGGGUUUUGAUACUGAAUUUUAAAGAAAAUAAAAACAAAAGCAUUUUAUGUUUCCUCUUCCGAUAUAUAUUCAUUCUUUUCCUAGUGAUAAACUUAUCCGGAUAACUUCUUGUUUGGUUUCGCACUGCCACUUAUCUGGAUCGUAUCCAGACGAAAUCCACCUCUGGAUAACUUCUGGUUAUAACCAAUUAAGUUUUUUUGCCAGUGCAAAAGCAACCGGAAGUUAUUCGGAUAGAACUGGAUAGAACCGAAUUACUUUUGCAGUGUGAAAGGGGUAUCAUAUUCAAGAUUUCUUUUCAUUGAAAUAACCAUGACCCAUUGGUUGCUUGGUGAGGUAUUGAUCAGUGAUAGGUCAAUUGUCUGAAGAUCACACAGUGUGAAACUCAUAACAACAAGUUUCAGGUUCUGUUUUAAU